AGAAAGAUAAACAUGGCUGACGGGGCGGAGAAACGAAUGGAGUUAUUUUCAAACGUCCACCCAGCUCGACUCUUCUAUGAGGCUCGAUUCUAUUUCAAGCAUCAAUGGCUGACAAUGCCCAAGUUCUAGUAAAUAAUUUGUCAGGUGAUGGAGCAGAGGCCAGCCGGCACACCGACACCCGGAGCUCUACAAGUCGGGCCCAGGGGGAGGUCGAGCUUAACGGCCAGCCUUCCUCAGCUCAUCCCCCACAGGUGGUCACUGAUCAUUCGGAAGAGGAGGACGAGGAGCUGACUCUGAAGUAUGGAGCCAAACAUGUCAUCAUGCUAUUCGUCCCCGUCACCCUGUGCAUGGUGGUAGUCGUGGCAACCAUCAAGUCGGUCAGCUUCUACACACACAAGGAUGGCCAGCAACUGAUCUACACUCCUUUCCGUGAGGACACUGUGGAAACUGUGGGUCAACGUGCUCUCUACUCCAUCCUGAAUGCUACCAUCAUGAUCAGUGUGAUAGUGGUAAUGACGCUGGUUCUGGUACUGCUCUACAAGUACCGCUGCUACAAGGUGAUUCAUGCCUGGCUGUUCUUUUCCUCCCUGCUCUUGCUGUUCUUUUUCUCCUUCAUUUACCUGGGGGAGGUGUUUAAGACAUACAACGUGGCCAUGGAUUACUUUACUCUGGCAGUUAUCGUCUGGAACUUUGGGGUCGUUGGGAUGAUUUGUAUCCACUGGAAAGGCCCACUGCGCCUGCAGCAAGCCUACCUCAUCAUGAUCAGUGCCCUCAUGGCUUUAGUGUUUAUUAAGUACCUGCCCGAGUGGACUGCCUGGCUCAUCCUUGCUGUUAUUUCUGUCUACGAUCUACUGGCUGUGUUAUGCCCAAAAGGACCUCUACGCAUUUUGGUUGAAACAGCUCAAGAAAGAAAUGAACCCAUGUUUCCAGGCCUUAUCUACUCAUCAACAAUGGUGUGGCUGGUUGGCAUGGCAGACAGUGCGGAGACGAGAAAUAAUUCAGCCCAGUCUGCCCCUAAUCAACAGAGCCAAGACACGACAGCUCCGGUGGCUCAGCCAGAGGAUGACGGGGGCUUUACAUCUGACUGGGUGGGUGAACAGGAGCAUCGCCUUGGCCCGCUCCAGUCCAAUGAGGAGACUCGGCGUCAAAUCCAGCAGAUGCCGUCGGCACGCCCACCUGCGGCAGAUGACGAUGAAGAAAGGGGUGUAAAGCUUGGUUUGGGCGACUUCAUCUUCUACAGUAUGCUGGUGGGAAAGGCGUCUGCAACAGCCACUGGUGACUGGAACACAACACUAGCCUGCUUUGUGGCCAUUCUUAUUGGCUUGUGUCUAACUCUCCUGCUCCUGGCCAUCUUUAAAAAGGCUCUCCCAGCUCUCCCCAUCUCCAUUACCUUUGGCCUGAUCUUCUAUUUCGCUACUGAUAACCUGGUGCGCCCGUUCAUGGACCAGUUAGCCGUGCAUCAGUUUUACAUUUAGCAGAAGGUGCUAAUAUUGGUAAACUCACACUCCACUCUCUGACUACCACAGAGAACUGCAAACUCAGGGGGAAAGUAGGGGUCAGUGGCACUACCCCAGUUCCUCUGUGCUGGAUUCGUGACAGAACUCUGUAAUUUAUUUAUUAUUUUCUGUUUGGAGUGGAGACCUCCAGCUGUUCAUUCCUUCUCCAUGUGAUUUUUUUUCAUUUGUUUUUGGAAGCCUGACACUGGCAUUUGUGGUAAAUGUGUAGCAAUGGGUUGGGGUAACGGUUAAGGGAUUUUAUAAACUCUGUACAAAUUACACUGAUCAGCUAUAACAUUAAAACCACCUCCUUGUU